UGGAACAGAGAAGUAUUAAACGUACAGCCUGAGGGCAUUUUCACGACAGCACAAUCUGCGGUAGGCCUCUUGUCACAUAUGCAAAUUUUAAGCACACCCAAACAUAAACUGCAACUUAUGUGGAAUAAUGUGUGUGUCUCCCUUCCCCAGGUUCGGCAUCGCAGUUACGCUGAGCAGUCACAGAUCCGACCAAUCGCAGAAUGCAGGCCCUGCAGAUCAGUGCUGUGGUUUGUGCUUUCAUCAGCCUUCUGCUGCUCCUCAUUGCCCUGGGCUCAGACUACUGGCUGGCAAAUGCCUCGGGCAACAUUGGCCUCUGGAAAGCUUGUGCUAAAGUUCUGGCAACUUAUACUUGUGGUUCACUUGGGAUGGAUGUGAAAGAUUUCGUCCAUGUUACCCGAGCCUUCAUGUUCUUCGGGAUGAUCGCUGGAGCCAUCUCUUGCAUUGGUCUUUGUGGCACCUUUUGUAGCGUGCAAUUUGGCUCCAUCUCCAAGGCCAAGACCGCAGCCAUAGCCAGCAUUGUUGCAGCUCUUUGCGUCAUGAUUGCCAUGGCCGUCUACACAGGGGAGACAAGAGGAAAUGCCUAUUAUGGAUGGUCUUUUGGCUUGGGCUGGGUCUCCUUUCCUUUCUUCCUUGUAACUGGUGGGCUGGCUUUCCGCCUGAAUGCUGCUGCAACAGAAUGAGGAAAAGAGUGUGCUACAAUUUCAGAUGAGCUAUGUUGAUGUCACAAACACAGUCUACACUGGAACAAGUUGGACCUGGAGGAAAUGACUAUACUUUCAUGAUGAAGAUGACACAUUAUACAAUAGCAAUGGAGUUAAGGAAUGACAAAUUCACAGCACAUUGCAAUCCGUUAACUGAAUACUGAAACCAGCCAACUUAGUGCACUCCAAAUGUUGUUUUGUUACAAAUUAGGGCUGCCAAAUCUUCUAAACCAAAAAAAGAGGACAUAAAAAAAUCAUAAUAAAUAAAUAAUGAUAAUAAUAAGGGGGACGGUAGGCUUUGUGAAACUGCUCAGCUGAGCAGUUAACGUGCUGGGCUGGGGACUCUGUAAAACUGUCUGGCUGUGGGGAGCGCGGUUGCCGCUUCCUGCAGCUGAGCAGUUAAAGGAGUCCUCAGCCCGGCACUGGUUUGCCCGCGAGCAGAGGGUGCACUGGGGCUGGCUCAGCUGGGAAUUGGGAGCUCUCCUGUUCCCCAGCUGAACCACACAAAGGAGCCCUGACGCUCCUCCCACUCUGAGGCAUGCUGCUUGCGCUUGCAGGGCACAGCUGUUCAUGCUACUGGAAGGCAGUUCCUGAGCACAUGUGUGCUUUGUCUAAAACCAAAAAACCCUGGACAUUUUGGCAAUUAAAAAAAAAUCCCCUUGGAUGGUGUUUUCACCUUUUAAAUACCAGAUAUGUCCCGGAAAAACUUGACGUAUGGCAACCCUAGUUACAUCUCCCAUCAUCCUUGUCCAUUGUCUGUUGGCCAUUGACCAUGCUAGCUAGGGCUUAAUGGAGCUGGAGUUCACCAACAUCUGGAGAGCAAACAGAUAGGCUACUCUCAAUUCAGAAGGAAACCCUUUUCAUUCCCUUAAAAAUAUUUCUUUCUAGAGGUUACAAAAUAUUUACAGUAUAGUAUUGGCUAAACACAUGCUAGUACAGUGGUACCUCUGGAUGUGAACAGGAUCCGUUCUGGAGCCCCGUUUGCAUCCAGAAGUGAACGGAACUCAUGUCUGCACAUGCGUGAGUCAUGAUUCACCGCUUCUGAGCAUGCACGUGACAUCAUUCUGACUGUAUGCGCAUGCGCGAGCUGCAAAACCCGGAAGUAACGUGCAACCCGAAAGUACUUAUCCCGAAGCUACUUCAACCUGAGGUAUGACUGUAUUACAAAUUAAGAAUGAUGCUAAGGAAUAUUAUUAUUCAUUCAGUGGCUGGGUUAAAGUAAGGAAUGAGAAAGACAGGCAUCUUGUAUGAAUCAAGCAGAACGAAAUUAUCUAUGGAUGGCAUUGUUUGUUUUGAUUUUUGGCCUUCAAAUUCUAAAUACUGUGUAUGUGCAAAUGACUAUUGUGAUUCCUCUGUUUGUCUCACAGCUUGUGAUUUUAAUAAAGAAUAUUUUUAACACAAG